AUAUGUUAUUAUUGUUGACGUACUUUAUGUUUGAACUAAUGGAUCAAAAAUAUUGCGUGAAGACUUGUUGACCACCGAUGGCUCACUACAAGGGCGCCGCUUCUGAGGCCGGAAGGGCUCUCCAGUUGCAGAAAAAGAGAGAGAAGGCAUUGGAAGAGUUAGAGCACAAGAAACGCAAGAUUGAGGAAGAAAUGAAAUUAUCAUACAUUGGAUCCAAGUUUGCCACUCAUUAUGAUGCCAUUGAACAACAGAUCAAGUCAUCUACUAUUGGUUUGGUUACAUUGGAUCAGAUGAGAGCCAAACAAGAAGUGGCCGUCAAAGAUAGGGAAAAACAAUUAGCCCUCAAGAAUGAAGCCAUCAAACAGAAAGAAUUGGAUGAAAAAAGACAACAAAAGGAAAGACAAAAACAACAGAUUCAAACGCUUUCGUUUCGAUUCGAUGAUGAAGAAGACAAUGACAGUGAUUGCGAUACUGAGGAAAGUAAUAAUAAGUCACAAGUUAUUGAUAAGAGUGACCAUUGUUUGGAUACAAACGCUAAGAACUUAAUAUCAGAGGAUUCAGAUUCAUCAUCAUCAGCGACAACAUUGGCACCAAAGAGGCACAAAAUGAUUAAGAAUCCCGACGUCGAUACAAGUUUUCUGCCCGAUAGAGAUCGGGAGGACGAAGAAAACCGAUUGAGGGAACAGUUACGUCAGGAAUGGGUUGAGAAACAGGAGAAACUUAAAGAUGAGGACAUAGAGAUUACAUUCAGUUAUUGGGACGGUUCGGGUCAUAGACGGUCAGCCAUCAUGAAGAAGGGUAAUAGCAUUUACCAAUUUCUCCAAAAAUCGUUGGAAACCUUACGCAAAGAGUUUCAUGAAUUACGAGCUGUCACUGCAGAUCAACUCAUGUAUAUUAAAGAGGACUUAAUAAUCCCACAGCACUACACUUUUUAUGACUUUAUUGUGACCAAAGCCCGCGGCAAAAGUGGACCACUUUUUGCAUUUGACGUUCACGAAGAUAUACGACUUAUGGGUGAUAUUAAUGUAGAAAAGGAUGAGACACACGCAGGAAAAGUAUUGUUGAGGUCAUGGUAUGAACGAAAUAAACAUAUAUUUCCCGCCAGUCGUUGGGAACCAUACGACCCGACAAAGAAUUAUGAGAAAUAUACUAUUAGUGACAAAAUUAAAUAA